AGACAACACUGGAAUGUCAUAUAUUUUCUUACAAGUGACUUGGAUUUUCUUAGAAUACUGCCUGGUUUUCAAGCAAGCCUCACACGACAUCUACUGUUCACAGCUGUAACAAGGAAUUAACUACUUGUCCUAGAGUACACUGGAUAAAGCUGCUGCUGUGUUGGUUAGUGGUACACGGAUAAGAAUCUCAGAAAGAAAAUAUGCUGGGCACAAUAACUUUAACUGUUGAGCAGACCGAGCCUGCCAAAGUGACAAUGAAUGGAGAACAGGAGGAAAAUAUGGAGGUCGCUCCUAGUGAUUCCGCUUCAAAAGAGAACACAAAGGAAGAUGGCCAAGCCGAGAUAUCCGAAAUUAAUGAUACAACACCAGUGUCUGAAGAAAAAGAGUCUCCAGAAGAAUCAAAUGAAAGCCAAUCCAAUGAAGUGGGGUUCAAAAAAGUGUUUAAAUUCGUUGGAUUUAAAUUCACAGUAAAAAAAGAGAAGACUGAAAAAUCAGAACCUGUACAACUUUUAACUGUGAAAAAAGAUGAAGCUGAAGUCAAUGGCACAACCAGUGAAGAGCAUAUUGAUGCUGAAGCUGAAGGCAAGACACAGCAGGAAACCAAAGAUGAUGUUCAGCAAGCAGAAAGUCCAAAUGGGGCUCCACAGGCUGUAGAAAGUCCAGCUGAAGUACCUGAGGAGGCACAAAAGGAUGAACUAACAGAGGCACAAAAGAAAAUAGAAGAACCAGAAGUGGAAAAAGAUAAAAAGUCUCCAGAGUCUCCAACAAACACAGUUGUCUCUGAAACCUCUUCCCCUUUUAGGAGAUUUUUUACACAAGGAUGGGCAGGACUGAGGAAAAAGACAAGUUUCAGAAAAUCAAAGGAAGAAGACCCUCAAGAAGUAGAGAAACACAUCAAAGGUGAAGAACAAGAAAAGACUGACACACCAGAGGCUGUAAAAGAGGAGGGUGAAUCUGUAACAGAAACUAUUGAAGAAAAGCCAGUACCAGAAGAAUCAAGUAAAUCUGCAAGUGACGAACCAAAGUCCUCUAAUGAGGAAGAGUCUCAGAUCUCUCCACAAGAAACCAAAGCAGAGAAAGCACCAUGUGCCCAACCAGAAGACCAAGAAUCAGAAGAGACUGUGAAAACAGAUGAGGGUAUAGUGCAGGUAACAGAAGAAAAAGAAAGUGUAACUGAAAUUGUUACAUCUGCAUUAAGUGUCUCAAAUGAAGUAAAGGCUGAAACUGAUGGCUUGGAAAUUCAAUCUGAGAAACAAAUAACAGAAGAACUAUGUCCACCAUCUGUUGAAGUAACAAAUGAAUCAGAGUCAGAGGUAGCACCCGAAACAGAAGUACCUGCAAGCCAGCAGUCUGAGUUGCAGUCCAGUACUGAAAGUGCUGACCUGGAAAAAGGCCAAGAAGCAAUUACAACAGAAGCUGAACUGUUAUCCUCUCAAGAGAAAGUUAAAGCUCAAGCCAGUCCUUUAAAAAAGCUUUUCAGCAGUUCCGGGCUAAGGAAGCUUUCAGGAAAGAAAGGAAAAGUAAAGAAAGACCAUGAUGCUAAGGUGGACAUGACAGCAGAAACUGCACCUGCUUCAUCAGAGUCACCAGAGGCUGCAGACGUAGAUGGUGAAGAUAGCUCACCCUCCUCUCCUGAUGAGUCAGCAGAGACUUCACCAACAGAGAAACCAGUAGAGGAAGAACCACAAGCAGCAGAUGUAGAAGGUGAAGGAGCAACAUCUGAUGGCGAAAGAAAAAAAGAUGGGAUUACACCAUGGGCCUCUUUUAAAAAGCUUGUCACACCAAAACGACGCCCAAAGAGAUCAUCUGAAAGUGAUAAGGAGGAGGAGGUUGAAAAAGUAAAAACCUCAACUAUGUCCUCUACGGAUAGUGGGGGUUCCAUUGAAAAUCAGGAAGAAACCAAAGAAACCAGUGAAGAACAAAAGCUUGAAAAAAGCACAGAAGAAAAUAAAAAGAAAGCUGACAGUUCAGUUUCAUGGGAUGCCUUAAUAUGUGUUGGCUCUUCAAAAAAACGAGCCAGAAAAACAUCAGAUUCAGAUGAGGAGGAAAUUCAGAAAUCUCAGGAGGAAUGCAAGAAAAAUGAUGGAGAAACAGUACAAACUAAAGAACCUGAAUCUGAAAGUCCCAUCACAAGUUCACAAGAGCAACAAGUUCAAGAAAGCCCAUCACCAGAUCAGGCUAGUAGCCCUACAGAAGGAGAUGGAGUAUCUACUUGGCAAUCUUUUAAAAGACUAGUUACACCCAGACGAAAAUCAAAAACUAAAGCAGAAGAUAAACCUGAAGAAACUGUUGUAGUAUCCAAUCAAGAACAGUCUACCUCAGAGGGUGAAGGCAGCAAAGAAGAAUCUUGGGUAUCGUUUAAAAAGUUAAUGCCUGGGAGAAGGAAGAAAAGAUCAGAUGCCAAACAGGAGCAGGCUCCCCCCAGUGCUGAUCAACCAGUACAUGAAAGUGCUGAAGAUGACUCUGAUGAACCUGCAGUAGUUCCUUUGGCAGAGUUUGAUGCAGCUGAGCUAGAAAAACUGAAUGCCCAGAAGUCUAUUGUAGUAUCAAGUCCUGCUAAUGUUUCAGGUGAGCAAAAAGAGUCACUUGAGAAAUCCAGUGAUGAACUUGUUCAAGCAGUUACAGUGACUUUAAUAGAGGGAGAAAGGGCAGUCACUAGUCUUGAAGAAAGAUCUCCAUCCUGGAUUAGUGCAAAGGUUACUGAGACUAUUGAGCAUGCAAAAGAAGUGGAAGAAACCAUUGAAAAAAUUAAAACUGAAAUUACUGUUGAAGAAAGUGUGGUGUUUAGCACCGUUUCACAAGUUAUGUCAGAAACACAAAGUACUUUACUUAAUGAAGUUGAAUUAACUUCAGAAGCUUUGACUGCUCUGGAAGAGGCAAUAGAAACAUCAUGCGCAGAAGAGACUACUGAAAUGCUGUCUGCUGUUUCACAAUUAGGUGAAUCGGCUAUGUCUACUGAGCAAGCUACACCGGUGCCAGAAGAUGAUGCAAGUGUGCAAACUCUGCAAGAACAGAAGCAGCUCACUGAUCAUAUAUUACAUGCUGUUGCAGAAAGUGCAAAACUCUCCUUCGAUGUUCUAAACUCAGAAAAUGUUAAUGUCUCACCAAUCAUUGAGGAUAAUUUACAGGAAACAAACAUGGAACAGAGGGCUACUAUUUUGACUAAAGACAUUUUUGCUGAAUUUGUAGAGGAGCAAAAGCUUGCCUCCACUGUAGUGGAAGAACACAUUGAGAAAGUUAUCAUUACUGUUACAGAGAAAGUGAUUGAAUGCAUCCCAACUUUAGUUGAAACUGUUAAGUCUGAGGAAAAAGUUAGUGAGUCUACUGUGGAGCAAACAAAUACCAUUGCUGAAGAUGAAUCUAUGCCAGAGAAGCCCAGUGAAAGUUUCUGUGUUUCUCCUUAUGACCAGGAUACAAAAGCUGCCUCCAUAUUAGCUGAAGACAACACUGACAAACCUGUUUCAUAUGCAGCCCUUGAGAAAUUAGGUGAAGAUUUACAAAAUUCUGUUGUCCGAGUGAUAGAAGAAUCUUUUGACAGUGGUGAGAAAAACAUAGGGAAAUUUGCUUCUAGUUUUGUUUCUCUUUCAGCGAAGGAAACUCCUGUUGAUGUUUCAACUGCAGUUAACUCUGGUGCAGAUGUUGAAAUUUCAUUUGGGGACCAGUUGCAUGCUGAUGAAAAUACCCCCUUGUCACUUAAUAUACAAUCUGUAGAAUGUGUAUCAGUGCCUACUGAAGUAAGUGCCCCACUCUCAUCUGAAAUAGAAGCUCAAGAAAGUUUUAUUAUUUCAUCUGAGCUGCAGGAAAAUGCAGGUCUUGCAUUAGAUGUGAAGCAUGUUGAAGAAUCUGCUCCUAUAUCAGCUGAGCUACAACCUAAAAAUGUUGCUCCCAUGUCACUUGUGUUUGAUGCGCAGAAUGAAGAAGUUGUUGCAGUGGCUACUGAGGUGACAGCUCAAGAAAGUGCCCCUGUGGCAGAUGAAGUAGAAGUUGAAAAAAAAUCUCCUUUGACAGUUGAAAUGCAAGCUGAAGAAAGUUCUCUUGUUGCAACUGAGGUGCAAGCUGAAGAAUGUGCUCCUGUGGCUCUUGAGGUGCAAGCUAAAGAAGAAAGUGUUCUGGUGCUGUCUGAGGAACAAGCUAAAGAAGGUGCAUAUGUGCUAUCUCAGCUGAAAGAUGAAGAAAGUUCUUCUGUCCCAGCUGAGUUAAAAGCUGAAGAAAGUGACACUGUGCAACCUGAGGCACAGACAGAAGAAAGUGCUCCAGUGCCAGCUGAGUUGAAGGGUGAAGAAAGUGAUGCUCUGUCAUCUGAGGUACAGACAAAAGAAGACGCUCCUGUGCUAGCUGAGGUGAAGGCUCAAGAAAGUGAUGCUGUGCCACAUGAGAUGCAAGCUGAAGAAAGUUCCCCUGUGCCACCUGAGGUAAAAGCAAAAGAAGGCACCCCUGUGCCGCCUGAGCUACAGACAGAAGAAAGUGAUCCAGUGUUAGCUGAGUUGGAGGCUGAAGAAAGUGAUGCUAUGCCAUCUGAGGUACAGACAGAAGAAGACGCUCCUGUUCUAGCUGAGGUGAAGGCUCAAGAAAGUGAUGUGGUGUCACAUGAGAUGCAAGCUGAAGAAAGUGCUCCUGUGCCCCCUGAGGUGCAGGUUAAGGAAGCUGAUCCUGUGCUAUCUGCAGUACAGGUUCAAGAUGAUGUCCUUGUGCCAUCUGAGGUACAGGUUGUAGAAGCUGUUCCUUUGCCACAUGAGGUGCAGGUUGAAAAAGCUGCUGCUGUGUCAUCUGAGGUGCAAGCUGAAGAAAAAGCUCCUGUGCCACCUGAGAUAGAGGAUAAAGAAUUUGUUCCUGUGCAACCUGAGGUGCAGAUUGAAGAAGCUGCUCCAGUUCUAUCUGAAAUGAAGAUUGAAGAAGCUGCUCCUGUGCCUUCUGAGGUGCAGGCGGAUGAAGCUGCUCCUGUGCCUUCUGAAGUGCAGGCGGAUGAAGCUGCUCCUGUGCCUUCUGAGGUGCAGGCGGAUGAAGCUGCUCCUGUGCCUUCUGAGGUGCAGGCGGAUGAAGCUGCUCCUGUGCCUUCUGAGGUGCAGGCGGAUGAACCUGCUCCUGCGCCAUCUGAGGUGCAGGCUGAAGAAUCUGCUCUUGUACUCCCUGAGGUUAAGACUGAAGAAACUGCGUGUGUGCCAACUGAAGUUCAGGAUGCAAGGGAUGUUACUGUGACAGCUGAGAUGCAAUCUGAAGAAGAUCUGCUGGCUGAGUUUCAAGCUAAAGAAAGUGUUCCUGUGUUGAAUGAGCCUUUUGCUGAAGGUUUUCCUGUGCCUUCUGAGGUUCAGGCUGAUGCAGUUAUGCUUGUGCCUACUGGGGUGCAGGCUACAGAAGAUGUUAAGGUGACAGAUGAGGUGCAGGCUGAGGAAUGUGCUCCUUUGUUAGCUGAAGAAAAUGUAUCUCUUCUUACUGAAGUCCAGGCUGAACAAGAUGGCCCUGUGUCAGCUGAGGUGACUGCUGAAGAUGUCCCUGUGUCCGCUGAGUUUAAAGCCCAAGAAAGUGAAUCUGUUUCCAAGGAAGAGAAGGAAGAGUGUACUCCCUUGUCAAGUGAAGUGAAGAUUGAAGAAGUUGCCCCUGUUUUGCCUGCGGAACAGACUGAAGAUUUUUCUGUAUCAACCAAACUGCAAGUCGAUGAAAGUACCCCUGUAUGUGCUGAAGGUCAGGCUAAAGAAGCCAUUUCUUUGUCAGAUAAAAUUGAAAUUGAAGAAAGUACUCCUGGAUUAGUUGAAGGACUGGCUAAAGAAGUGAUAGCUGAGGAGCAGGCUAAAGGAGAAGAGUUGGCUAAAGAAAAUGUUCCUGUUUCAGCUGAGGAGCAGGCUAAUGAAGAUGUUUCUAUUUCAAGUGAUGCACAGGCUGAAGGAGAUGUCUCUUUUUUUGCUGCGGUGCAAAGGAAACUCCCGGUAUUAGACCUGGGGCAGAUUGAGGAAGGUGUAGCUACAUCAGCUGAAGAAAAGGCUAAGAAGGAUGUUGUGUCAGAUCAAUUGCAGGUUCAUGAAUGUGUUUCUGAUGUGCAGACAGAGAAGGGUGAACCAGUUGAAGAAUGCAUCUUAGUAAGUGACACAGAGAGAGUCAUUACUGUUAUGGAUGAUCAUUUAGAAAGUACUGGUACUGCGAGCAAACCUGUCAAUGUUAAAAAUUCACAAGCUCCAGAUGAGGAAACAAAAGAGUCGGGAGAAUUUAAAGUUGAACAAGAUGAAGAUAAAGGGGACUCUGGGUCUCUAAAUAAUGCAGUUGAUCAGUUACCACUGUUUCAAGAAGUAAAGGAGGAAAUAAUUACGACUGACAUUCCAGAAUGUAAACUCUCAGAGGCUAGCAAAGCAUCUGAUGCAGUUACAGCUGCCGCAGUGGAAGAAAAGCUUUUGUCAGAGACCGUUAAACCUAUGGAAACAUCAUCAGAUUGCAUACAGCUUACUGAAGAGCCCAACCUUAAUCUACAAUCAAAAGACCAUGCAGAAAAGCCAGAGGAGAGUAAGACUCUAGUGGCCUCUGUUUCUCAAAAGGCUGCGGCUAUUGUAGAUGCUGCAAUUGAAGCAGCAGCAAAUUGUUUUGUGGUGGAUGCAAGCAGCCAAGGUGUAACUACUGAAGAAAAACAUCAAACAGAAGAAACUAUUGUAGAAACCAAUAACACUAAAUGCAGUAGUACCACUACUGUGCGCAUUACAAGUAAGACGACAGUGGAAAAAGUUACAGUAAUAUUUCAUAAUAAUGAAUGCGUCAGCACUGAAAGACAGAAUCAGGAAGAUGAGUUUGUUUCCCAAGUUCAAGAACCUGUACCAGUACACAAUCCCAUAGAUACUCUUAGUAGUUCAGCACAAACCAAAGGAAAUGAAACAGGUGAUGAAAAUAAACCAACAACCCAAGAGUGUGUCUUUAUUCCAUCUACUGAUUUGGUAGACCAAGAAUCAGCAAAAACCACAUCUAAUGUGGAAGAAGAAAACAAGCCCUCACCUAUCAGCAUUCAGGAAGAUAUUCAUAAAACAUCCAUCCAGACAGAUUCUUCUACUACAAUUCCCCAAGAAAAGGCCCAGCCUGUGGAAUCCUGAAGUCAAAUAUUUUCAUGGAGCAAUACUGAAGAGACAAGAAUGUGAAAACUGUAAUGUGAAAAGCUGAUUUUGAAGAAUG